CCCUUUUGGUUAUAGUGUUGACACUAUAACUCCAUCCACCGACUUUGAUUUCUCUUAUUAUAUAAGUUCGAUCGAUAACCCUAGAAUUUUGGAUUUACCUUCUUUUGAUUGAUUUCUCAGCGAUGUCUGCAGAAGUCGAGAUGGCUCCCGCCGAUGAAGGAUCAACCGUUGCCGUGCCUUCAUGCUGUUCUUCUACGAAGAAACCCAAGCGUUUUGAGAUCAAAAAGUGGAACGCUGUCUCUUUAUGGGCUUGGGAUAUUGUUGUAGACAACUGUGCUAUUUGCAGGAACCAUAUCAUGGACCUCUGCAUCGAAUGUCAAGCUAAUCAAGCUAGUGCCACUAGCGAGGAGUGCACUGUUGCCUGGGGUGUAUGUAAUCAUGCCUUCCACUUUCACUGCAUUAGUCGAUGGCUCAAAACCCGUCAAGUGUGCCCAUUAGAUAACAGUGAGUGGGAGUUUCAGAAGUAUGGUCACUAGAGGAUUCAAUACAUUGCAACAGAGAAAGAUCAUUCUAUGGCACUUAUAUUACAUGACUCAGAGAGUAGUGAAACUCUCUAUUUUCAGUGCUUUUUUGUGUGUGGCACUACAAAUCUGAUACUUCUUUUUAUUGGGAUGAUAUUUAUUAGAAAGCUGGUAUUCAAAUUGCACAUAUGAUGUGAUUUUGAACUUCUGUUAUUGUUUUACUGUGAAUGUAAAACCUGUCUUGCUGUUGA